GCAAACAAGACUACAGUCCCAAACACCUGAGCUAAUUCCGGGAGAAAGGAGGUGAAACGACGCCGGUACAUGCUGCUCGGUCCUUGCCUGCCCGGUGACAUGGACGUCCGACAUGGGCUGUAGACUCCUGCGGCGGGACUGAAGAGAAUGGGCCCAGUGUCCCGGUGCUUGAGGAGAUGUCUCUGGGUCGGCUCCUGCGGCGUGCCUCCUCCAAGGCCUCCGACCUCCUGACCUUUAACCCCGGGGCAGGGGGCUCAUCGUUACGCGCAGGCCUGGACGGCGAGAUCAUCUUCUCCAAAAAUAAUGUUUGUGUGCACCCUGCGGAGCCCCUGCCAGGCCUGGCUGAGCACCACCCAGGCUACCUGUGUGUGCACGUGGAGAAGGAUGAGAGCCUGGGCACCACUCUGAUUCUGACCUGGGUGCCCAAUUCCCGCAUCCAGAGGCAGGAUGAGGAGGCGUUACGUUACAUCACACCCGAGAGCUCCCCUGUACGCAGGAACGCACGCCGCCGAGGCCGACGACCCCAUUCCCGCCCCCCAGCAGCCCAGGAGGAAGAUGAGGAUGAGGAGAGGAACAUUACCAGCAGCACCUCCACGGAAAGCCACAGCCUGGUGGUAGAGGUUGGAGCGGAUGCCUCCUCUCACCAGCAGCAGCUGCCGUCGGCCGGGGAGGAAGGGGAUGAGGGCUCCUGUGAGCUGUCGGACGAAGUGAGCAGGGACAGCACCAUGGGCUCUGACUCCGACACCUUCUCCUCCCCUUUCUGCUUGUCCCCCGUCAGCGAGGCCCUCUGUGAAAGCAGCGGCUCUGUCUUCCUGGACAAUGAAACCAGAGAGUUGUGUGAGGAGUCCAUGACCCACUCAGCCAGCUCCGCCUCCAGCCUGGACAGCCACGCCCCGUCCGAGAGCAGCGGCCAGUCGCAGGGCAUUCGAUGGGAGGAGCAGCAGAAGGUGCUGGCUCUGGAGCAGUUGUGCGGAGUUUUCAGGGUGGACCUGGGUCACAUGAGGUCGCUGAGACUCUUCUUCAGUGAUGAGGCCUGUACCAGUGGCCAGCUGGUGAUAGCUAGCAGAGAGAGCCAAUAUAAGAUCCUCCACUUCCAUCAUGCUGGCCUGGACAAACUGGCUGAGGUCUUCCAACAGUGGAAGUGCUGCAGGGAAACUCAGCUUAAAGACCAGGUGUCAGAUGAGAAAUCCUGCAUGCAGUUUUCCAUCCAGAGGCCCACCUUACCGUCAGCUGAGACCCACCCAGAGGAGAAGCUUUAUCGGCGGCUGGAUGUCACCACCUGGCUACGUCAUCUCAACCACAGUGGGCAGGUAGAGGAGGAGUAUAAGCUACGCAAGGCCAUCUUCUUCGGUGGUAUUGACCCAUCCAUCCGUGGUGAGGUGUGGCCCUUCCUGCUGCACUACUACAGCUACGACUCCACCUCCCAGGAGAGGGAAGCCUGGAGACUGCAGAAGCGCUCCCACUAUCAUGACAUCCAACAGAGGAGACUGUCCAUGAGCCCAGAGGAACACAGUGAGUUUUGGAGAAAGGUCCAAUUCACAGUGGACAAAGAUGUGGUGAGAACAGACCGUAGCAACCACUUCUUCAGAGGAGAGAAUAACCCCAAUGUGGAAAUCAUGAGACGGAUUCUGCUCAACUAUGCAGUCUUUAAUCCAGACAUGGGCUACUGCCAGGGCAUGUCUGACCUGGUGGCCCCCCUGCUCACUGAGAUCCAGGAUGAAAGCGACACCUUCUGGUGCUUUGUCGGCCUCAUGGAGAACACCAUCUUCAUCAGCUCACCGCGGGAUGAGGACAUGGAGAGGCAGCUGAUGUACCUGCGGGAGUUGCUGCGUCUCAUGCUGCCCCGCUUCCACCAGCACCUGACCAGGCUCGGGGAAGACGGCCUCCAGCUGCUCUUCUGCCACCGCUGGAUCCUGCUCUGCUUCAAACGAGAGUUCCCCGACACCGAGGCUCUGCGCAUGUGGGAGGCCUGCUGGGCACACUACCAGACGGACUAUUUCCACCUGUUCCUGUGUGUGGCCAUCAUUGUUCUCUAUGGGGAGGACGUGACAGAGCAGCAGCUCGCCACUGACCAAAUGUUGCUCCACUUCAGCAACCUCUCCAUGCACAUGAAUGGAGAACUGGUGCUACGCAAGGCCCGCAGCCUUCUCUACCAGUUCCGCCUCCUUCCCAGGAUCCCAUGCAGCCUACACGACCUUUGUAAACUGUGUGGCCCAGGGAUGUGGGACAGCCGCUACAUCCCCACUGUGGAGUGUUCGGGUGAACACCCAGACUCACAGAGCUGCCCCUAUGGAGGCACCUCCACCCCUCAGCCCUCCUCACCCUCCCCGUCAUCAACACCCUCGCCUUCACCAAACCCCACCCCUACACCUCCACCGGAGGGCAAGAAAGGAUCCAAAACCCGUGAUAUUUUCACCUUCCGAAAACAGUCCUGAAGUGGAGGUCAUGGGGCGCUUUUGCUGGUCUUGGGUCAUGUUAGUACAGCAAAGGUUUGGAUCCAUCUGCUGGAUUCCUGAACUAUUUGCUGCCCUCUGACUCCUCUCUCCACAGUCCCUGCUUCUAGUUUCACAGUCUUAAUGAGGAUUUUUGUCACUUGAUCCUUUCAUGUAGGGCAUUGUGGAACACUGCCUUACCAGAAUGUUAUUUGCAACGUUCAGUAUCACAUGAAUCUGCGACGAGGAUGGUUUGCUGUUGGACAGGCUGGAGGUCAAGAACCUGCUUUCCGCUUGGAGCAGAACGGACAAUCACCAGCCACUGUGUUGGUCUGGAGCUACUUCAGGUUCUCGUCUGCUGCUGGCUUGGCAUACUUCCAUGGGCUUUGUGGGCAGGGGUCACAUGGGGGUCUGAGGCAACCAGCCUGAAUUCUCUCUGACUCUGACCACGGGUCAAAUGAAACUGGAGAUUCAUUCAUAGGAACUGAACUAGAACUUUAAAAAAUGUUCCUGUGUUCUCACAAUGGAAUAUGUGUGUGAAUAUCAAAUUAUAUGUGCGUAUCUCAAGUCUGAACAGGACAUUUUUGACAUGAAAUCCAAACCCUUGGCGUUAACAAAAGAAGGUUAACCCAGAAAUAGGAUUCUGACAAAUUACUGGUGCAUUCAAGUUUUGUUUCAUUUCAUUUUCCAAACAAGUGAAUGUUUGCGUUUAUAUCAGCAGUUACAAAAUAUUUAGCAAUGUUAUAUCCUUGCAUGAAAGAUUCUCUUCAUAUAGAGGGCACAAUAUGUUUGUUGGAAAACACAUAAGCCCCAGACAGAGGUAAGAAUGUGUUUACAUAACAAACACUCACAUUGUGAUAGGGCUCCACAUAUUUCCUCAUCGGAUUGCGGUAAGGCAAGUUCUCAUAGUUUCUCUGUGUUAAAACUUGUGUUUCCCGACAAACAGGAGGAAGCUAGGCAUAUGUUUCCUUCUGAUAAAGUCAGACACAGAUGUUCAUCUUACCUGUCGAGCAAUAGGAGCUUCACCAUUUACGCAUGAGCAUCAUAAGAUAUAAAGUGAGUUUCCUGUCUGAGGAUUUGGACGGAUAUGACUGCACUGUCUGCCAAAGGCAGCUUAGAUCAUGUUUUAUCGUGACAGAGAAAUUGAUGGCCUUCUGUUUUACUUGAAGUUUUGUUUUCUGUGUUGAACCAUGUUUAGGCAGGGUUGUAAAAGUCAGCACAGUUUUACGUUUUUUUUUUGUUUUGUUUUCUCCAGCGUCCAUUUCCACUCUCACCUGAAAAUGAAUGACAAAACACUAUCAACACUAAGAAUCAGUCCACAUGAAUGUAUCUGUUUUUUUGCUUCUUCUCACUCUACUACGACAGUGUGAAACUCUUCAAUGUAUGCGUGGGCGUGUGUAGUGUGCGAGUGUGCGUAUAAACUGGAGUGACCUCUGAACAUCUGGUAAUGAGUUGGAGAACAGCCGUAGAAGGCCUCCCCUCUGACCAGUCUCUUUAAUUAUAGCAGUCAUCAUGGGGAGAAGCAGGGAGACGAAGGAAGACAGAAAAAGCUGGCCGUUUGGACUCCAUGGAGGAAAAAAAAAAAACACAAGAGAGAUGGAGAGGAAAGGCAUGA